AUGGCCAAGAAAGCUCAGCAGCACCUAUUUCCUCCACAAACUGAGGAGAGCCAGAGCAUGUGCUGCUUCUACCGUGGCAUCCUGACCAGCUGCAUCACUGUGUGGUUUGAAAGCUGCACCUCCUCCAACAAGAGAGCCCUGCAGCUCAUAGUGAAUGCAGCGGGGAAGGUCAUUGAUACCUCACUCCCCUCUCUACUCGACAUCUACAACAUGCGCUUGGCAGGUGCAGAGAAGUUGACCAUCUCUACACUCUUCCCCUGCAAGUAUGCCUCAUGUGGCUGCAAAGUCACCCUGCCUCAAACCGACAAGAGAGAGCAUGAAGAGCUGUGUGAUUUCCGUCCAUUCUCCUGCCCCUACCCCGCCACCUCCUGCAGGUGGCAGGGCAGUCUGGAAGGUGUCAUGCCUCACCUGGUGCAAAAGCACAAGUCCAUCCCCACGCUGCAGGGGGAGGAUGUCGUAAUACUGACUAUAGACAUUAACAUGCCAGGCGAGAUAUUCUGGCUAAUGAUGCAGUCAUGCUUCGGCUUCCACUUCAUGCUGGUGUUGCAGAAACGGAGGAAGUACGGCGGCAGCCACCAGUUCUUUGCCAUCGUGCAGCUCAUCGGGACUGAAAAGCAAGCAGAGAACUUUGGUUACCGGCUAGAGCUGAACAAGCCCCAGCACCGCCUAACCUGGGAGGCCAGGCCCUGCUCCAUCCACGAGAACAUCGCCUCGGCCAUCAUGAAUGACGGCUGCCUCAUAUUCGACACGUUCGUCGCACAUCUAUUCGCACAGAAUGGCAAUCUGGAUAUGAAGGUCACCCUCUUUGAAAAUGUAUAA